UGAAAGUCCAGCGCUACUUCCGCCGUCCUUCCGGUCCACAGCCGUCGUCGUGUCUCCGGGUUCGCAGGCAGCAGAGCGUCAAGAUGCCUUUCGUCGACGUGCGGAGCAACUUACCGGCCAGCUCGUUCUCCGAGGACUUCGUGAGGAAGCUGUGCUCGAGCGUCGCCGCCGCUUUGGGGAAACCGGAGGACAGGAUGAACGUGGUGGUGACGCCCGGGCUGCCCAUGCUCAUCGCUGGCUCCUGCUCCCCCUGUGUGAUGCUGUCGGUGUCCGCCAUCGCUGUGACCGACACCGCUGACAAGAACAAGGAGCACAGCGCCAAGAUCUUUGAGUUUCUGACCAGAGAACUGGGUCUGACUGAAGACAGGAUUGUCAUUCAGUUCCACGCGCUGCAGCCGCACCAGGUCGGGAAGAAGGGAACCGUCAUGAGCUUCUUGUGAAGGACGCCUCAGAUCAGCAGGAAGGACACACGAGUAGUUCAACAGCUGCUUCCUGUAUGUUCUGGCCUUGGCCACGUCCUGUCUGACCUGGAUGCUUUAAAACAUGUUAAAAUAAUAAAAGACCAGCCACUGUUCAACCACGUAGAUCAUUCAAAAAGGUUUUCUCUUCUGUAUCCAGUACACAUGAAUUCAUGCAUUUCAAGCCUUUUUUGCUCUUUCUUAUGAUUCUGGCUCAUAGCUCAUGAAAAUCAGAACUCCGGUAUCUCAUUACAGUAACAGAACAUUGUGAGGAGGUCACAGUUCAGCCUGUAUAACUACUGCCUGUCUCUGGGUCCAGCUCAGCACAAUCAUGAAGACGUCUGCUGACUUCAGAGUUGUCCAGAAGAAUCUCAUCGACUCUCUCCACAGAACGUCGUCGCUUAACGGGCCGGCUGUACAGAGCGCUGUCUCAAAGCCUGAUGGGAAGGUGACUGGAAGGGAAACGUGUGGUAAGAAGAGGUGCACAAACUACAAGGUAGACCUGGAGACAAGAAAAGCCUGCUGAAGAACUUCAGAGAGCUUUACAAGGUGAGUGGACUGAGACUGGUGUCAGUGCAUCAGGAGCCACCAGAUGUCUGCUUCAACUGUUGCAUUCCUAAAACCGAGACAUUCCUGAACCAGAGAUGACGUCAGAAGGUCUCACCUGGGCCAAGAGAGAACAAACUGCUGCUCAGUGCUCCACAGUCCUCCGUUCAGAUGAAGUACAUGUUGCACCUGAUUGGUCAGCCAGCUCACCUGACCUGAGCCCCAUAGAACAUGUGUCACUGUCAAGAGGAAGACGAGAAACACCCAACCCAAGAACACAGAUGGGCUGAAGGCUGCUAUCAAAGCAACCUGGGCCUCAGUAGAACCUCGGCACCGCCACCGUCUGCUCGCCUUCACGCUACAGCGCAUUGAUCCAGUCAUUCAUGGCAAAGGAGCUCCAACUAAGUACUGAGUGUAUAAAUGAACAUACUUUACAAAAGUGGGACAUUUCUGUUUUGUUGUCUGUCUCAUUGAUUUUAGGACAUAUUCUAAUAAUUUGAGAUACAGGGUUACUGUUUUACAUGAGCUUCAAAGUCAUGAUCAUCCAAAUGAAAACAGAAAAAGACUUUAAAUUUGUCACUAACAUGCAAGGAAUAUAGAAUAUAUGGAAGCUGACCUUUUUGAAUGAUCUGAAUCAUUCUGAUUUGGAUCUGAUUCUGUUCUAAUGUGUUGAGCUGCACCGGUACGUUACAGACAGUAUGACUGACAAAGACCAUCCUACAGCCACAUGGAUCAGGGUAAUGUGCCAAUUCUAACUAGUGUUUUAGUGAAAAGACCCCAUGAGAUAGUCACAUUAAAUGCAUUUAACACAGGGACCUCUCAGUCAAAGCUGAAAUACAGGACUGUGCAGACAUUUUUACAUUUUGAUGAUGCCGCUUUCAUUUCAAUAAAUCUGGAAUUUUCCACCGGACUUGUCGGUGUGGAGUCUGGAGUUCAUUAACCGUGCAGUAGAAACCUUACAGCGAGCUGAACAGAGUUCACUGAACACACUGUGUUUACCUACGAACAAGUAGAGACCUCUGUGUGUGAUUAUUAACUUCAGUAAUUUAAAAAAAGGUUGAGGUGGUGAAGAGGAACCUGUAUUCUCACAUGGACUGAUAAACAUCAUGAUUUGACUUUAACAAUUACACACCAGUACAAUAAACUGUACAUGAAGU